AAGAUGAAACACAGUCUCUUUAUGCCCCGGCGGCAGGUGUGUGAACCGGCUCACGUUAUUUACACUCUGCGAUAAAAUAUCGUCUUGCUUAGGACGUCCAGCGUACGUGAUCAUGGCCGACACAGUAACUGUCGAUCUCAAGGGCCUAAAUGGAGUGGGACCAUUCAAAUCCGCCCAGGAAAUCUUCCAAGAAACAGGAGUGUUGGUACAAGAAGUGGACGAGGGACAGCCAUGUCUUCAUUGUAAGGACAAAUGUCCAGGCUUUAGUCCGCAUAUCUGGCGGAAAGUGUGUAACAACUGUAAAUGUCCUCGUGAAGCCCACGAUGUUUACCACGAGGAGUUCGUUAAUGUUCGAGAUCGAAUCGGCAUCAAGUCGGCACCUGACCCAACUAAAAAUAUAUCCAAGGAAAAAACGCUACAGGAGGGUUAUUCGUGGUGUCCCCCGGGGCUGUCAAGAGACAAGGUGGAGGAAUAUUUUGCCCAACUUCCUAAUCACAAAGUACCCCGACUUGGUACUCCAGGGGAAAAAUACAGAGACAAGCAGUUGAUGCUGCAACUUCCCAAGCAGGACUUAGCUCUAGCCUAUUGCAAGUUCCUGGAACGAGAGUACUACCAGAACUUCGAGGAUUUCGUGAACGCCAGAAAUGAGAUUGCACUGGACAUCGGUUACGUUCGUGAAACGUUGGAUCAAACAUUAGAGUGCUACAAGUGUCAUGGUGUCUUGCCUCAAGGAGACAUAGCUGUAAUAGCCCCGAAGUUUGGAGAAAGCGUAGCCUGGCACCCGGCUUGUUUUGUGUGUACUAGCUGUGACGAACUGUUGGUGGAUCUCACCUACUGUGUUUGGGAGUCCAAACCUUAUUGUGAACGAGAUUACGCCGAACUACUAAAAUCACGGUGCGCAGCCUGUGAUGAGCUUAUCUUUUCCGGAGAAUACACGAAAGCGAUGUCCAAAGACUGGCAUUCCGGACAUUUCUGCUGCUGGCAGUGUGACGAAUCCCUCACCGGACAGCGUUACGUUCUGAGAGAUGAACACCCUUUCUGUGUCCGCUGCUAUGAGCAGGUUUUUGCCAACACGUGCGAUGAAUGUAAUAAAAUUAUCGGAAUAGACUCCAAGGAUUUGUCGUACAAGGAGAAACACUGGCAUGAGUCCUGUUUCCUUUGUAGCAAGUGUAAAGUUUCCUUGGUUGACAAACCCUUUGGAUCCAAGGCUGAUAAAGUGUACUGCGGGAGCUGCUACGACGCAGCUUUUGCUACGAGAUGCGACGGAUGUGGGGAAGUCUUUAGGGCAGGAACAAAGAAAAUGGAGUAUAAGGGUCGACAAUGGCACGAAAAAUGUUUCUGUUGCUGCAUGUGUAAAAACCCCAUCGGAACUAAAAGUUUUAUCCCCCGGGAUAACGAUAUCUACUGCACAGGAUGCUACGAAGAGAAAUUUGCCACGCGCUGUAUUAAGUGUAGUCAGAUUAUCACGAGUGGUGGUGUAACGUACCGUAAUGAACCCUGGCACCGGGAGUGUUUCAGUUGCACUAACUGCUCCGCUUCUUUGGCAGGGCAGCGUUUCACGUCCAGGGACGAUAAACCAUACUGUGCUGAUUGUUUUGGAGAAUUGUUUGCCAAGAGGUGCACAUCAUGUAGCAAGCCAAUAACAGGAAUCGGUGGCACGCGUUUUAUUUCCUUCGAAGACAGGAAUUGGCAUAAUGAUUGCUUCAUUUGCGCUAUGUGUAACACAUCAUUGGUAGGCAAAGGGUUUAUCACCGAUGGUCCCGACAUCUUGUGUCCAGAGUGCGCCAAACAGAAGCUUAUCUAAGUUACGCUGUCUAUUGAGCACCUCGCAAAUCUGCCUAAGUGCUUAUAGAUUUUUGGUGGUUUCUAUGUUGGUUUCUUUGUUGUUGUUUGUUUUAAACAGAGUAUAUACGGUGCUACUGAAAUAGCAAAAAAAAUGUUUGGAUGAGGGAUUUAUAGUACUAAUGAAAAAUAUACGCUUAAUUUCUAGGCUUAUCGUUGUUGAUGGCUUUUAUUUUAAUAUAAUACCACCAACCUGAUGUUUGGAUUGGUGUUAACUGUAUACAGCAAUUGUAAUAUAAAUAUACAGAAGCUGAUAUGCUUUUUUUUGUUUUCAGACUUUCUUUUUUGUAACUAGAGAGUAAUUUAGUAAUAUUUUAAUUUUUUUGUGGUUUUUUAUAUUCUUCGUUUGCCUGGGAACAAGUUUACAUUGUCAAUGUGACACAAGCCUUACAAUAAACAUGAAUUGAUAUAUGUAGAUUAUAUGUAAACAUUGUUCCGACGACCGGAUUUUAUCGCUAAGAUGAAAGUUAUAAACCUGACAACAUGACACGUUAUGUGUCUAGUAAACAGUGUCUGCUUCUGGUGGAUAUUAUUAUUAUGCAAACUAUUUAAAGAAAAGUAUGAUCAUUUUGUUAUAUUAUUACUACAUCACGGUUUUUACUAUUGUUGCCUUUAUUCUCAAAGUGUAUAGCCUAACGCUCGCUUUUGUAAACAUCGUAUCUGCUUUUUGUAAUUUUGAGGUAUUUGUCAGUACUGUUCUACUGUUAUUUUCAAAAACCUGGUGAGAACUAUUUCGUAGUUAGACCUUACAUUUCAUGGAACAAUAUGUUAAUGAACAGUUUUCUGACUUUAAUGUUGUAACACAUAUUUUGUUUUCGUGUAAGCAAACUACUUAUUUUGCAUAUAAUUAAGUAUACACACAGCUAUUUACAAAUACUCGUGUAUCUUUUACUAGACACCAGGUGUCGUUUUGCCUUUAAAAGGACGAAUAAAUAAAGGUUCACUUAGUAAAUAAAAACUUGGUUUUGAGUAAUAGACUUUAAAGUAGGUGUCAUUAAAUGUACAUCAUUUUGCCGUGAAUGACCAUCUACUGGCUAAAUCCGUUCUCAUUAGUCGACUGUUCUUAUAAGAAGUCUUGAGAAAAGCCUAGAAACUGUUUAAUGAAAAUAAUAUUGCAGUAAGAUACUAUUACAUUCUAAUUUUGUUCUAAAAGUAAAUUAAGUACUUUAUAUAAGAAACAACAGCCUUGUUCUACAAUGCUAGCAAGCAUUUUGUCUUAUUAAUGUGGUCAUAAGGCUUUGGUACAGUAGCGUAACGUCGUAUUGUAGCUUAAUAUUGUGUCUAAUAAUAUUGUAAGUUUCAAUUUAAUAAAUUUUAUAUUUAAUUAACGUUAAGGUAUUACUAAACAUAUUCUGUGAUGUAUAUCAUGCAUUUUCAUUGUUUUUAACGAUAAUUCGCAUAGAUAGUAUUUUUAAUCAAUCUAAACGUCUAAUGUUCUUCAUCAAUCCUUUCAUUUUACUUUGCUACAAUACUGAUGCUGAAAAUGAUUUCCAUCAGUUGAUGAGUGUCCGCCCGACUAUAACCUAAAUACCAAUGGAGGGCGUGUGUGUUCAGCUUGUUCUAUAUGUUUAACUGUCGUUUGGUGCUAGAUGUGUAGAAGUAUUCCGUUCAGUGCCACACUUUCUAUAUUUUCAUACCAAUUAAGUAAAGUACAGAAAUAAUAUUAAUGUUAAACCCUUGCAUAUUGUUCAUUUCUUACCUGAAGGUGAUGAAGCUUUUACUUUAUAUAAUUUCUGUCAUUAUCUUCGGAAAAGCACUACAUUAAAUGAAUAAUUAUUGACAUUGUUUAGAUACUUUUCGUAAUUUCGCGGUGUUAUUUUUGUUAGUGAUGUAGGGUGCCAUAUUGUGACCCGUAACUAAGAAUUUGAGUCCCAUUUCAUUUUUAACAUGAAUAUAGUAUAUAUUCUUUACUUUAUACUUUUAUUUUAAAAAGUACACGAUCCAAAAUUAUCAUUAUUAAAUUAAUGAAAGAAGUUAUGAUAAAUGUUGUCUUCAUGAGGCAUGAAUAAAAGUUCCCUUUUAAUAAUUUUAUCGGUGAAACGUCCGUUUUAGUAAAAGUUUAAGCUACCUAUCAAACUAUGCCAAGAAGUCACGGAUAAUAAUAAAAUGAAUAAUAAUUUCUGUGUAUUUUGAAUGUGUACAUAUAGUGCUUUAUUGUUGCAAUAGAUGGCGUUAGUAUAAUCACUAAAUCCGCUAAUUUGUAAGUUGUUUCGGUUGAAAAUAAAACUAUCUUCAAAAAACUAUAUAUUGAAUGUACUAAUGAAUGGUUUUUUAAAAUGUCAUUUUAUUUAGUUGGAAAAUUAUUAUUGUUGUUAAAUUUUUGGGUUUGAUAGAGUAAAUAAAACCGACAUUAUUCUGGUA